CUACUGAGUCGCAGCCCUUUUAGGUAGCUUCAUUUGUCUUGAGCUCUUUUUAAAUGCUCUUAGUGUAGAUAGAUUUUAGGGCAUUUUUCAUUUUUAAAGGUGGGAUUUAGGGUUGACUUCGCUGUGGGUUGUGGGGUUUUCUGAUUGUUUUCUAAGAAAUAAAGAAUGAACAAAAUGGUUACGUCUGGUGAGAACAAUCUUGAAAUUACUAAACCCACUAAUGUUCAAGGCGGAUUGGAGAUGGGUGGAAGAAAGCUUGGGCAGGAGAUUAAGAACAACAGAAGAGCUUUGAGAGUUAUCAAUCAGAAUUUAGUGGGAGCUCAAGCUUACCCCUGUGUUGUUAACAAGAGAGGCUUAACAGGAAAGCUUGUCUGUGAAAAGAAGGAGCUUGUUCCAGUACAUCGACCCAUUACAAGAAAGUUUGCUGCCCAGAUCGCAUGCCCCCCAGAGUUAAAGCAAGAACCUAAGAAGGCAAAAACUUUAGGUGAAAACACAAAUGAAUUUGGAGACUGUAUAUUCAUAGAUGUGGAGGAGAGCAAGACAACUUUAGAUCAACCAGAACCAAUGUUUUUAGAAGAAACAGAAGAAGCAAGCCUGAAUGAAAUGGAUCAGAUGGAGGAGGUUGAAAUGGAGGAUAUAGAUGAAGAGCCUCUUGUGGACAUUGAUGGUUGUGAUGCAAAGAACCCAUUAGCAGUUGUUGAAUAUGUUGAAGAUUUGUAUUCCUACUAUAGAAAAAUCGAGUGUCUUAGCUGCGUCUCGCCGAACUACAUGGCGCAGCAAAUUGACAUUAAUGAGAGGAUGAGGGCUAUACUGAUUGACUGGCUUAUUGAGGUGCAUGACAAGUUCGAUCUAAUGCACGAGACACUGUUUCUUGCGGUUAAUAUCAUUGACCGAUUUCUAUCCCAGCAAACAGUAGUUAGAAAGAAACUUCAGUUAGUUGGUUUAGUUGCUAUGCUUUUAGCCUGUAAGUAUGAGGAGGUUUCUGUCCCUGCCGUUGGGGAUUUAAUUCUUAUAUCAGAUAAAGCUUACAAUAGAAAAGAAGUUCUUGAAAUGGUAAUUUUCUUUUUUUCAGUCACCAUUGACAACUCCUCAAUCCACACAGCAAAUUAUUUUACACGAUUUUUCUUCGCAAACAUGCAGGAAUCCUUGAUGCUUAACACAUUACAAUUUAACAUGUCAGUCCCGACACCAUAUGUUUUCAUCCAAAGGUUCCUCAAGGCUGCUCAGUCCGACAAGAAGCUGGAGCUGCUCUCCUUCUACUUAAUCGAGCUUUCACUUGUGGAAUACGAUAUGCUCAAGUUCCCACCAUCCUUGUUGGCAGCUGCUGCUAUCUAUGCAGCUCAAUGUACUGUUUUCGGCUUCAAGCAGUGGAGUAAGACAUGUCAGUGGCAUAGUGGCUACUCAGAAGAUCAACUCUUAGAAUGUUCAAGACUUAUGAUUGGGUUCCACCAGAGAGCAGCAACGGGCAAACUCACUGGGGUACACAGGAAGUACCGCACAUCUAAGUUUAGGUACACAGCAAAAGCAGAACCAGCACAUUUUGUAAUGGGGACUCAGCUAUAACAUGAAACAAUGUAUAGCUACUAACUUUACUUAAUUGGGUUGGGGUUGAAAGGACACAGAAAAAAUAACAGAGCAACUAGAGUUGCACCUGGGAAAAUUUUUACUGUUGAAUUUUUUAGGCCUGCAGCCCCAGUUGGUCCAUAGCUAUUACUUAUUAUUUCACAUGAUGUAAUUGAACACAUUUUCUCUUUGUAACAUUUUACUUAAGUUUAAACAAUAAUUUUCAUGAUA